AUGGAAAAAUGUUUAAGAAAAAACCCAACAAUAUUAAGCAAGGACAAAUACUUUGAAAAAUAUUCCGAGUUUGGAACAGUGAAAGAACUUGGCAUUGACUGGAAUCUUUACGACAUUAAAAAUCUGCAAGAUUGUCUUAAGAAAAUUGUAGGUAUUUCUGACUACAAGCGAAUCCUUAUCAAGAAAUCCCAUGAUAAAAUAGGACGAGAUAUCCUGAAAGUGCAAUGUCAUCAGAAUUUUAGAAUGGCAAUUUUAAAUGAAGUGCCCCAACAGAUUCUUAAAGCACGAAAAGAAGUUCCAACAGUAUUAGAAGAAAUUCCUUUAACGCGAUUUCUCCCUGAGAAAAAGAAAAAAUCCCUAGCUCAUCUGAUGGCUCAACAGUUUAAUACAACCUGGAAAAAUGAUGAGAAUCUAGCGUGA